GAACCGGGUGACGAACGACAAGUGCGUUCUUGCGAGGAAAAAAGCACGCGCUCGGCGGCUACAGUUCACCAACCACCACGCUAUCCACCAUCCCAAACGCCGAUCUACUCACUGCCUAUAAGCGCUCUGCGCGGACAUGAUCAGCCUGAGGCGUCGCUCCCUCUCCAACCAACUCGCUUAAUCAAUCUACUCCGUCCCUUCGUGACGCAGGCACCGAUCCCCACAUCCUUCCCCAGCAUCAAUCCCCUGUUCAUCUCGCACACCGAGACGAACACUCCAACAUCAAGCUUUCUCUGGUCUUGCCAUGGGUUCAGAGGGUGUCCCAGUCCCAUCUAACCUAGCUAGCAUGCACCACGCUUCCUCUUCCUCGACAUUGCUUGCCUCCCCUUUCUCGUCGCCUGCCCCUUGCCAUCCCGCCACUGCCAAGUGUGACGCUAUCUUCUCCCCAUCUGCACCGUCGGUGAAGCAGCAGCUCUCUGAUUCCUUCUCGAACGAGUCCGAGCUUCUCUCCGAUGAAGAGACUCCUCCAGCAGUCCUAGUCAACUCCAAGUCAAUUAAAUGCGACACUCCCCAAACUAACUCGUCAGCGCCUGACUCCAGUCUAGGUCAAAUUACUCACACGAAAGCACAUCCCAAAUCAGCACCAGUUCGGCCCGUAGAUACCAUCCCUCCCGUGGAUGGUCCUGCACAUGAUGUAUUACCCGCAACACCUCCCCAAUUCAACGGGCGGGGCGACAUUACUGACUCGGAUCUUGACUGGGCAGACUUCGUUAGCGCAUAUGCCUCUGGCCAGUGGAACCCUCUCAAGAUACCAAAUCAACCCCGGACGUACAAGCCGACACAAUAUCAACGAAGGACCAACAACCGCGAGAGACUUCACGACAAUUUCACCAGCUCGGACCAAUCAACCCAGACAAAACCUAUCGCAAACAGUUUCUCAGAUACAUCCAUGAUCUCCAGUCCUGCUGACUCACAAACCUCAGAAAGCCCGCCAAACAAUCAUGUUCGAAUAGACACUACCGUGCCCAGAGGCUCUGAUCACCCUGUUAUAGCAGUAGACUACGCCAUCCCAAACUUGGCACGCCCGCCCCUCGGGUCUCCAACUAUCCCACUUAGCAGACGAAGAGGCCGAAAGUCAAUGACAGAUCUUCGCUCUUCGACAUAUGGUCAGGCUUUUCAUCUACCUCUCGAUCCAUCGCAGAACACGGGCCUUAGUCCGGAAGCAGCUACCGCAGCAGCGACGAUACGGUGGGCAGGUGUGCGAGUGAACGUCUCCCCAUUAGCUUUACCAUCUCCAGAACACGAAUUUACCGAUCCCAUGCGAGGGGUGCAUGCUGCAAUCCCAGGCUCUCAUUCUCAAGGCCAUAGUCACGGCACAGACAUGUCUACCUCUACUCAAGCCCGCAAAUCUCGGCUCGGCAGCUUUUGGGAGGGAACACAACAAGUAGACGACGCGAGCAGCCCUCUACCUAUCGCAGGAUCAUUACCAACCACACCUUCCAAACCCGCGACGAUUGCACAGAUGUUCUCCUCUCCUGAGACGAGUUCAUCGCUUCCUCCUCCUGCAACUGCUCCUAUAAACCACCUUCAUACGCAUUUCGAAGAGACUGACUAUUUUAGCGGUACUCAUACCCGCAGGCGGCCGGAUAACGAUAUGGAUCUCGUGCAGCCUUCGAGUCCGCUCGAUCACUAUCCCCCUAGAUCUCAAAUAGCCAAUCAACUUCGCGAUUUAGAACCUGUUGAUGUUCCCGUACAGACAGUACCCGCAUUACCUCGGCGAAUAUGUUUAACGAGACAGACGUCCUCGCCGUUACCCAACAAAUCCCUUCCUGACAAAGGCCCGCGGAGUGAACGGUCUAAUGCCGAUGUUUAUAGCAGCUUCAAAGCCAGCCGAGCAGCUAAAGAGGAGCAAAUGUUUUCCGAGCUAGGGUAUCUCGCACCUCCAAAUCCCCCUGAUGAACUUGAACGUCGAAGGGCGUUAUACAAGUUCAACAUCUGGAAUACUCCUCCAGACAAUAACUUUGACCGGAUAGCUCACCUUGUGAAACUGGUGUUCAACACGAAGGUUGUCUGCAUUUCGCUCAUCGACGGUACAGAACAAUGGUUCAAAUCUCAGUUCGGCCUGCCUUUCAAUCGAUGCGACCGACUAACGGCUUUCUGUGGCCAUACGAUCCUACUUAGAAAUGAUGAACCGAUGGUAAUCUUGGAUUCCAUGUUGGACUGGCGCUUUGCGAGCAAUCCAAUGGUUACGGGGGAUGCUAGGAUGCGCUUCUAUGCUGGCGCCCCUUUACGCACUGCGGAGGGCUACAACAUAGGAAGCCUGGCCAUCUUUGAUGAUGAGCCUAAGAUUGACUUCAGCCCUAGGCAGCGGCACACACUAAAAGAAUUUGCAGUUAUCGUAAUGCGCGAGAUGGAGCUCUGGCGAGACAAGAUUCAGUUGCGUGUGAGAGACAAGAUCCAGACAUCUAUGGAGCAAUUCAGUCGAGAGUGCUUGGAAAUCGAUCAGCGUGACAGCAACUCGAAGAAGUCGAACCUAUAUGAUACGUCCAUGGAAAAGGUCUACGAGCGUGCUGCUAAGCUGGUCAAACGCACUCUUGACGUCGAAGAAGUCAUUGUCAUGGACGUAUCACAGUGCGAGAUGAUUGAUACAUUUAACCCCGAUGCCUCAAUCACCGUUUCCAUGCAUUACGGAGACGUCGAGCGACCUUCCGUGACAAAGACGCUCAGCCCGGACGACGCCAACAAACUAAAUUCGUUCUUCAAACACAACGAUGCGGGAAAGGUCUCGGAGGGUAUCACGCCUGUCUGUUUCCGUCCGUUCAUGCCUACGCGGAUACAAUACGCUUUGAAUGUUCCCGUCUUUAACGUCGAUAAACGGCCAUUCGCCCUGAUCUGCGCGUACAAUGCCUCAGACCCAGUACGGCGCUUUCUGGAAGGACACGAAUUGUCAUACCUUCGCGCAAUUGGUGUAAUCAUUCUUUCUGCUGUUCUCAAGCGGAGAAUGAUGCUUGCAGACCAGUCGAAGAGUCUGUUUAUCUCGAAUAUAUCGCAUGAACUUCGGACGCCCCUACAUGGAAUUUUGGCAGCCGCUGAGCUGUUAGCCGAUACCCCCCUUAACCCUGGACAGUCGUCAUUCCUUCAUACCGUCCAAGCAUGCGGUACAUCACUGGUAGAAACGGUGAAUCACGUCCUUGACUUCACCAAGUUGAGCGGAAAUUUGAAGUCCGGUGGUGUGGACAAUGUCAUCAAUCGCAGCAUUGUCGACAUCAGUCAGCUGGUAGAAGAGGCAGUCGACGGGUCAUGGAUAGGCUUCUGUGCCCGCAACUCCGCGCUGCAGACCUCCGAAAUAGGGAGCGUUUACUCUCCACCGUCAAGGGAUGAUCGAACAUUGAACAUUGUCACUGCCCCAGAGACAAAGCAGCACGUUGAAGUUGUAGUUGAUAUUGAAAAAUGCGACACUGGAUGGACGCUCAGAUGCGAGAAGGGUGGCAUCAGGAGGGUAUUAAUGAACCUGUUCGGCAAUAGCCUCAAGUUUACCACCGACGGUUACAUCCAAGUUUCGCUACGUCAAUUACCACCAGGAAAUGAAUCCGAAAGAACCGUCAAGGUUGAACUCAGCGUCAUUGAUACCGGGAAGGGGAUCAGCCAAAGUUUUCUCAAGAAUCAGCUUUUCCAGCCAUUUUCGCAAGAGAAUCCCCUACAAACUGGGACAGGUCUCGGGUUAGCGAUCGUCAACAGCAUUGUUCGCUCUCCCAGCGUUGCUGGCAAAGUCGAAGUUGCGAGUGAAGAAAACAAAGGCACAGAGAUCAAGGUCAUCUUUGAAGCCGAACGUGUACCAGACAUUAGCAACAAGCUUCAGGAACCGUUCGUAUUCGAAGAUCCCGAUCAGCCACCUUCUGUUUCUCUGCUAGGUUUUAAGAAACGGGACCGCGGUACAGACCUUUUACGUUCUGUAUUGAUAAUGUAUCUGGAGUCGUGGUGGGGAUUCAAGAUACAACCCGAAGAUGGCGAGCUAGGGUCGAUUGUAGUCAUCAAUGAGGACCCGUCCCCAGUCUCGACUGCGACUGAGAAGAGGGACACACAUCGAUCGUUUAUCGUCUUAUCCACUUCGCGUGGAGAUCCCAGAGUGAUUGGCGCAUGUAAUGCAUACGAAAACAUGGGUGGAUUCAGUCGCAUCCUGCACAAACCUGGUGGACCGGGUAGGCUACGUUCAGUGCUGAAGCAGCUUAUCCGCACUUCGCACCGUAGGCGCGCCCGGAGGUCGCCCAGCUUCGCUAGUGUCGGAGAUGCACCUUCGGAGGACAGUAUCUCGCUACACUCUUCGAUGCUCGAUGACAUGCCGACCACGGCUCCUCCCACUAGACGUCCGACGAAUGACUGGGUAGAGAAUCCAAAAUCGCCUGGUUUGGCUUUGCCUAGCCCCGCCCUGUCAUCGUCUGUUUCCUCUCGUUCACCCCGCUCUGAAAGAGAGGAUACCUAUUUCGACCAAGAAUCCAGCCAUCUAACAACCAGUAAUCAUCUCAACAGCCCUACUGUUUCUGUAGGCCCAGGCGGAACACUCCUGAAGACAUCAAUAGGAGCCGCCGAAUCUUCACAGAGGCGACGUAGUGUACUGGUGGUUGAAGAUAACAGCAUUUUGCGAAACCUCCUUGUGAAGUGGCUAACCAAGAAGGGAUACGACUAUCGAGAGGCUGUGGACGGGCGACAAGGCGUCAACAUCUACCAGGCAGAGGGCCCGUUCGAUGUCGUGCUGGUUGAUUUGUCCAUGCCUGUGUUGGACGGCGUCGGUGCUACCGUUGAAAUUCGCGAGUAUGAAGCAUCUCAACACGAAGAACAGCUUCACAGCAUCAUCCUCGCUUUGACCGGCAUGUCCUCGCUAGAGGACAAGCGGAAGGCAUUCGAAGCUGGCAUGGAUGGCUACCUUGUCAAACCUGUCGCAUUCAAGACAUUAGAUGAAAUGUUCACCAAGCUUGGGCUAUAGUAAACCUUUUCCUGUCCAGGAGAUUGAUUGCACUUGCAUUUUCCGGGUAGAUCUACAUUGUUUCAUUGCUCCUACUUAAAUUUCCUCCUAAUGAUCCACACGCACCGCACACUAAUUUAAUUCCAAUCGCAAUUCCUUGUUCUAUAUCGGCAUCCCCUCAUUGCUUGGCUCGAGUCCUGUUCCGCGAUUACUUUGGGACUUUUCAUCACGUCGUAACAUUAUGAUCUGCGAGCAUGUUCCCCUGGCUCACGCACACUCACUGUCUGUAUACUAUAUCAUUUCUCCUUUCUUUUGCCCCUGGAGUACUAUAUAAAUGUGCAACGAGCGGCACACGCAA